AUGAUUGUAGCUGGUCUUGAAAUAAACAUUACGCUUAUUCCCUUUGUCCCGUGGGCCUGCAGGAAGAUUGAGUGCAAUUUUACAAUCACAGGCUCAGAUGAUCUCAAUUGUAAGCACCAGAUAAUAACUAGAAAUGACACCGGGAUUAGAGGUUAUCUCCAAGCAAACGUUAUUGCGUUUGACAAGCAAUGGAACCUAGCACUGACAGAUGUCCUUGAGGUUUGGAAGAGGAAGGGACCCAGGAAGAGGAAAGUGCCACCUGGACUCGGAACACCUGUAAGAAAGGGCACGGCUGCGGCUAUUUCCCCAAUCCCCGUGGUAACGGAAAAACCAUUGGGUGGUGGUAUUUGGGAAUGCUCCAGGCAUAUUCCACAAUUAAUGGUGCGCGGGGAACAUAUCGUAAUAAUUAACAUUGUUGAGAGAUAA